UCCAUGCGUUUACCCAGACCGAUAGUUUUAUGCGAGUCGGUGCAGAUGACUGCAGUGUUUUUGCGCAUCUUGCACGCACUUUCAGAUGGAGGAUGGCAGUCACUGCAUUGCCCAAAUCUACAACUCGACAAAGUAAACAGAAAAAAAACAUUUGAUAUAGGCCUAAAUUAAAACAAGUGACUAAAUUUGCUUUUACCAGUAUUCAGAGUUUACUGGAUUUGAGGAUGCAAUAUUAUUCGGACUAGCUCAUAAUAAAGCGCGUUAUUAUAUCACUGCCCUCCUGUCUGGAAAGUAGAUCGCAGCAUCAUCAUUCGUAUUAUCAGUCUGCAAGCUGCGACCUUCGCAUCCCCAGGCAAACAAGGCUGACCUGGAUUCUGCACUGGCAUCUCGCUUCAUCAUUGUAGGCUAUUAGAGCAUCGUUUCCGUCCUGUGAGUGAUGUCGGACUGUAGGCGACAGUGGAACCGGGAGGAUGAGCUCCCUGUGUACCUGGCUAAACCCAUCUCGACUGGACCCAGCCAGCGUCACAAGUCUCACGGAAUGUUCAGCUCCGUCGAGGGCGCGUAUGAUAGCAAGACUAUCGCUUUUGACCAGUACGCCGUAGGGAGGAAGGAGAACAGGAGCUCACGCAGCAGUAGCAGGGAACGCAUCGUGGAUGAGGAUUUUGAAGCCUAUGAGAUCAGCGGCGGGACCUUCACCAGCUCCCCGGGUGAGAGAGACGACGGGCGUCCGGGUGUCAAAAUCACGGAUCAGACUGAAAAGGAAUGUGGUUACGAGCACAACAACGGGAAGAGUGAGCGGCUGCUGAUUAAAGGUGGAAGAGUGGUUAAUGAUGAUCAGUCGCAAUAUGCUGACGUUUAUGUUGAAGAUGGAAUUAUUAAACAGGUUGGGGAGAACCUGAUUGUGCCAGGGGGCGUGAAGGUGAUUGAGGCUAAUGGGUGUUUGGUGAUUCCUGGAGGUAUUGAUGUGAACACCUGCCUGCAUAAGCCUUACCUAGGCACUCCACCUGUAGAUGACUUCUACCAGGGCACCAAAGCUGCUCUGGCAGGAGGAACCACUAUGAUCAUUGACCAUGUGACUCCACAGCCUGGUGAGAGUCUAUUGGAGGCCUUUGAGAAGUGGCAGGAAGUGGCUGAUAAGAAGUCCUGCUGUGAUUAUUCACUUCAUGUGGAUAUCCCACAUUGGCAUGAAGGUGUGAAGGAGGAGCUGGAACAGCUGGUACAGGAAAAAGGAAUCAACUCUUUCCAAGUGUACAUGGCUUACAAAGGGUUAUUUCAAAUGCCUGACUCUCAGUUGUAUGAAGCGUUCUCAUUCCUUAAGGAGCUGGGGGCAGUGGUUCUGGUUCAUGCAGAGAAUGGAGACCUGAUAGCACAGGAACAAAGCAAAAUCUUGGGAAUGGGCAUCACCGGUCCAGAGGGCCACCCACUGAGCCGUCCAGAAGAGCUGGAGGCAGAGGCUGUUUUCCGUGCCAUCACCCUUGGCAACCGAGUCAACUGCCCUGUCUACAUCACCAAAGUGAUGAGUAAAAGUGCAGCUGAUACUGUGGCCACUGCACGGAAGAAAGGCUCUGUUGUUUUUGGUGAGCCAAUCACAGCCAGCUUGGCAACAGAUGGAUCACACUAUUGGAGCAAAAACUGGGCAAAAGCAGCAGCCUAUGUGACCUCUCCACCCCUCAGCCCUGACCCGACGACACCUGACCACCUUCACUCUCUACUGUCCUGUGGGGAUCUGCAGGUCGUGGGUAGUGGACAUUGUGCUUACAGCACCUCUCAAAAGGCCAUAGGGAAGGACAACUUUACUCUUAUACCAGAGGGAACCAAUGGAGUGGAGGAGAGAAUGGGUUUCGUUUGGGACAAAGCUGUGGCUAUGGGGAAGAUGGAUGAAAACCAGUUUGUUGCAGUUACAAGCACUAAUGCAGCCAAAAUCUUCAACCUGUACCCUCGUAAGGGUCGGAUAGCAGUGGGUUCAGAUGCUGACAUUGUUAUCUGGGACCCUGACAAGAUCAAGACCAUCACAGCCAAAGCACAGCAGUCGGCUUUGGAGUAUAAUAUUUUUGAGGGGAUGGAGUGUCAUGGUGGUCCAGUGUAUGUGGUCAGUCAGGGUAGGAUUGUGUUUGAGGAAGGGAAGCUCCAGGUUCAGCAGGGGACUGGCCGUUUCAUCUCCCGCAAGCCCUUCCCUGACGUUGCCUACCUGCGCAUUAAGUACCGCAACAAGAUGAUGAGUAAGCAGGGAGUUUCUCGUGGGAUGUAUGAUGGUCCAGUAUAUGAUGUCCCAGCAACACCCAAAUACAUAACCCCAGCACCCUCCGCCAAGACCUCGCCCACUACACACCAGCCUCCACCAAUCAGAAACCUGCAUCAGUCUAACUUCAGCCUAUCAGGGGCUCAAAUCGACGACAACAUUCCUCGGCGCUCUGGCCACCGCAUUGUAGCACCCCCUGGUGGUCGUUCCAACAUCACCAGCCUUGGAUGUUGA